GCGCUUCCUGGUAUAAGCUCCGUGGCCCCGCCCCCCCUGGCGCGGACGACGCGAGUGGGCCUGCGGCUUAAAGCGCCGGUGGUCGCGUAGUGGUUGAUCUCCCGGUCGACGACAAUGGCAAGCAGGCUGCCGGUGGCUCAGCUGCCUCCGCACGACCCGGGGACGCCGGCGCUGUCCGUUGUGGACAUGCACACGGGCGGCGAACCCCUGCGAAUCGUGCUAGCGGGGUGUCCGGAGGUGGCUGGACCCACACUGCUGGCCAAGCGGCGCUACAUGCGCCAGCACCUUGACUACGUGCGGCGACGGCUUAUGUUUGAACCCCGGGGGCACAGGGACAUGUACGGAGCUGUGCUGGUGCCCAGCGAGCUGCCGGAAGCGCACCUAGGCGUCCUGUUUCUGCACAACGAGGGCUACAGCUCCAUGUGUGGCCACGCAGUGCUGGCGCUGGGCCGCUUCGCGCUCGACUAUGGCCUCGUGUCGGCGCCCCCGACCGGCGCCCGCGAGGCCCUCGUCAACAUCCACUGCCCGUGCGGGCUGGUGACCGCCUUCGUGGAGUGCGAGGGCGGCCGCAGUCGCGGCCCGGUGCGCUUCCACAGCGUCCCAGCCUUUGCGCUGGCCACAGAUCUCCUAGUGGAUGUUCCUGGUCGUGGAAAGGUAGUGGUGGAUAUUGCAUAUGGUGGCGCAUUUUAUGCAUUUGUUAGUGCUGAAAAGUUAGGACUCGAUGUAUGUUCCUCAAAGACAAGGGACCUUGUGGAUGCAGCAAGUGCAGUGACAGAAGCCGUGAAAGCCCAGUUUAAAAUUAAUCAUCCUGACAGUGAAGACCUUGCCUUUCUAUAUGGAACUAUAUUAACAGAUGGAAAAGACACUUAUAGUGAGGAACCAACCACCAACAUCUGUGUGUUUGCAGAUGAACAGGUUGACAGAAGUCCUACCGGCUCAGGAGUGACAGCCCGAAUUGCUUUACAGUAUCACAAGGGGCUGCUAAAACUGAACCAGACCAGAGCCUUUAAAAGCAGUGCAACCAGCUCCAUAUUCACAGGGAAGGCUGUGAGGGAAACAAAAUGUGGUGAUUUUAAAGCUGUCAUAGUGGAAGUCUCUGGACAAGCCCAUUACACAGGUACAGCGAGCUUUAUAGUAGAAGAUGAUGACCCACUGAGGGAUGGGUUUCUUCUCAAGUGACUUCUGUGACUUUUAAGGGCGUUCUUUUUAAAGAAAUUAUUGUAGUUAAUUUUUCUCUGAAUUACCUGGGAAACUAUAUCCAAAUUGUACAUGUAAGACAACUUCUAUUCUUUCUAAAAUAGUACACUGUGGCUAAAUAUAAAGUCAUUCCUCAUAUUUGAACGCUUAUAGAAUACAAAAUGCAGAAUACUUUUCUUACUGUUCACACAUCGGGUAAAAAUUAAAACUUAGUUCUUGUUACUCUUAAAAUAUUAUUCUCUGGUAAUUCUAUGAUAUUUUGUAUUAAAUAUGAAUAAUAGCUUGAAUUGUAGCCCUUACAACAGUGAAUCUUACAAGUUCAUUAUUUUGGCCUUCCAGUUUUUGAGUAAAAUAAUGCCCUCUUCCUAAGCAGGAUGCAAGGGAGAUGGAUUAUCACAAGGUCCCCAACACUUGGCAGUCAUAACCCGGGAAGGAGUGGGGUGGCAGCUUUUUUGGGGUGGAGGAUGGUGUAGCUGCUGCCAGGAUGUCCUCUGUGCUACAAAGCCCAGCUCCUACACCCAGGUAACUGAAGUCUCAGACUCAUGAGAGACAAACAAGAAUCAGGUUUUUGAUGUAUCUUAACGGCUCUUAUAAAAGGGGUCAUUUAUUGCCUUAUUCAAGUUCAGGUACACAGUAGAAGUUAAUCAAUGAAUCUCUAUAGUCUCAUGCUCUACCAACUAUAGGUCAGGUAGAUUUAAAACAUGAAAGAAAUGUUACCUAUUGGCAUUCUUGCUAGUUAAUUGUCUGUGAGCCUGUUAAAACUAAAAUUUGGUCAUCCUCAGUAAUUAUAAUAUGAAGUAUUAAAAACUAUUCAAUAUGUGAUUCUCACAAUAUUCAGUAGACUCUUUUAUAUUUUGAUUUUUACAGCUGCACCUGUGGCAUGUGGAAGUUACCAGGAUAGGGUUGAAUUGGAGCUGCACCUGAGGCCCACACCACAGCCACAGCAACACCAGAUCUGAGCCACAUCUGCCAUCUACACUGCAGCUUGAAGCAAUGCUGGAUCCUUAACCCACCGAGUGAGGCCAGGGAUCGAACCCCCAUCCUCAUGGAUACUGUUCGGGUUCUCAACCCCCCUGAGCCACCAUGGGAACUUCCCAGUAGACUCUUUUGAGAUAAGAGUAUUUCUUUUUCUGAGCAUACAGACAAUGAAAUAAUUAAUUCAUUUCAACUGGCUGUGUCAACCAAUUAUUAGGUCUGUAAUUGAAUUACCUGGCCAAAAUGAAGGCUCUAAAGUUCUUGAUUUCUAUAGUAAAUACACAAAAACUAAUGUUUUCCACUCCUUAUCUAUUAAACUGUGUAGCAAAGAAUUCUCUUAUCUCCAAAAAAUAACACUCACUUGAUAUGAUCAGUCUCCUCCAAGAUCUGAGAUUUUGAGAGAUACGAGGUUUGAAAAACGGUUGAAGCAGAUUAUUCCUAUAGAGCCCAAAGAUAUGACCUGCAGUUUGCUUCUGCUCCACCUGCAGAGCUUCCCAACCUCUCCUGUCCUUGGCAGUGUUAGACCCCCCCCCUUUUGAAUAUGCCUCCUAUCCUCCCAGUAAAUCACUUUUAUGCCUAAAUGAGCCAGUACACUCACUGUUUCUGUUGCUUACAUUCAAACAUCCUAAUCCUAAUCCUCCUUAAGAUAUUUUCUCCUUCACUGUAAAUGCCUUAGUUCAGACUCUUUCAUUUCUCCCUCUGGGCUAUUACAAAGCCUUUUCUUAACUAGUCUCCCUGCUGCAAGAUUCUCCUCCUCCAGUCAUUUUUGUUUUGAAACAACAUUAAUGACAUUGUAAAAAUUUUUUGUUUGCCUAAAACUGAAAUGUUCUUUGGGCUGGUGUUCUUUGUUGUUUCUGAAAACCUAGCAUAGAAAGGAAUUGCUAAAUAAAUUAAUCAUACAUAUUUUUGUUA